AUGCGGUUAGUAGAGGAUCCUGCGACGGUGUCGCACGGUCCGUACCAUUGGCGGCUUAUAAAGCUGUUCGCGAAGAAGCCCCUGGCGCCGCCCAAGCUCCUGCCUGUCAAUCCGCUCUCAUUCGCGCUCAUCCCCCUCCUCUCCCCGUUCCAACCUUCCGUCCGCCUGUCCGCGCCCACCCGGGCCGCCACAGCCAUCGUGGCGUGCAUGAACGUGUCGUGCCCGCAGGACGCGGCAUGCGCCGAGGACAGCAGCAACUUCCCCUUCUGUAAGUACAACGGGACCCUCACGCUGAUCAACGGCGCGUAUGUGCCAGGUGAGAUCAAUGGCUCGUGUGUGCCAGCCAUGGACGGGCAGGUGGUGGCGACGAGCGUGCUAUUAUUCGCUACCGCCAAGUACGUCCCAGCGUCACCCGUCGUGCUGCGCGGUGCCAUCCCUAACCGCACGUGCAUGAACCUGCCCGCGCCACGUGCGAGCGACUGGAGCGGCUCGUCGUCGGCCUUUGAGGUGCCGGCCGGGUGGAAGAAGGCUGAUGCGGCCAAGACCACCUAUGCCACCACCAGCAAGGUGGCAGCGGGUGUGGUGGCGAAAGCGUUGUCCAUGUCGUGCCUCACCGCCACCGCCCCCAAAGGUACUGUCAUAGCACGGGCAGCACGUGCUGGUAGCACGGGCAGCACGUGCUGUGGUAGCACGGGCAGCACGUGCUGUGGUAGCACGGGCAGCACGUGCUGUGGUAGCACGGGCAGCACGGGUGCUGGCAGUGGGGCGUGUGAGACUGCGUGUCCGGCCAACUCGGUGUGUGUGGGGGAGAGCACUGGCGCCACGUGUAACUGCGUGGUUGGCUACACCAAGGUCCUUCUCUUGUUCUCAUUCGCCCCGUUGCUCGUCUCUUUUUCACCUUUGCCUUCAUGCUCCUUCCACUCCCUCUCCCGCCACCCGUUUCCCCACCCCCCUUGCCCACCCCCCCACACCACACCAGUGGUGGACAUGUGUAAGAACGUCUCCUGCCCUGCCAAAUGGAACUGCUCCUCUUCCGCUAGCAUUGCCAAGUGCUCCUGCCCAGACGCAUGCUACGGGGUCAAGUAUCCGGACGUGUCCACGUGUGCGGUGCAGUUCGGUACAGCGGUGUGCCAAUGCCCCACGCCCUACACGCGCCUCAUUAACAACGCGUGCUUGUCGGCCGACCUCCCCCACUCCGACUACCUCGAUAUGCGCAACCACGCCCGCGCUGCCGUGGGAGCUGUGCCACUCGAGUGGGACAACACAUGUGAGUGUGGGACGACACAUUCCACCACCACCAUGCAUCGCCUCUCAUCACCUCUCCUUCCCUUCCCCCCUCGUCCUUUGCUCCCAGUGGCGGAGCACGCGCAGGCAUGGGCGACAGCGCUGACCAACGCCAGCAACAAGUGCUACGUCGUGCACCGCGGGCAUGACAACGAGGGGCAGAAUCUUGUUGUCACCGCCCCCUCAGGGUGGGCAUUGAAUGCAAGGGGAGUGCACUUCUGGGUGGACGAGGGGCAGUGGUACUCUGUAGAUGUCUUUCCCAACAGCUGUGAGGGCGGGUGGGAAAAGUGUGGGCAUUACACGCAGCUGGUGUGGAACGACACGCGCAAGGUGGGGUGUGCCAAGGCAUCGUGCGCACCCAGUGCAGCCGUGUGGGGGGGAGGCUCCACUGCCGACGUGUGGGCGUGCCACUACUACCCGCCCGGCAACGGGUUCGGCCAUCUGCCUUUCGUGCAAGACCCGUGCUACCGAGUGCAGUGUCUGUCCACGGCCACAUGCACGGUGGUGGACAAGAAGCCCCUCUGCGUGUGUGUUGCAGGCCAGGCACUCGUCAACAACUACAAGUGCCUUUCAAGUGCGCAAACACCCCUUCCCGUCCCUUUCCCGCCACCCCUCGUGCCCAUUCACCCCCCACACCAGAGGUGGACAUGUGUAAGAUCGUCAGCUGCCCAUCCAACUGCAACUGCUCAUCUUCCACUGGCAUUGCCAAGUGCUCCUGCCCAGGUGAUUGCAACAGUGCCAAGUGCUCCUGCUCAGGUGAUUGCUGCAGAGCCAAGUGUUCUUGAUCAGGUGCUUGCAACAAAGAUGCACGCAUGCUACGGGGUCAAGUGUCCGGACGUAUCCACGUGUGUGGUGCAGUUCGGUACAGCGGUGUGCAAGUGCCCUGCACCAUUUGCACGUCUCAUCGACAACGUGUGCUCCUCGGCCGACCUCGCCCACUCGGACUACCUCGACGUUCACAACAACGCCCGUGCUGCUGUGGGGGCCGUGCCACUCGUGUGGGAUGACGCAGACGCAUCGGGGUGGUGGGUGAACGAGGGGCAGUGGUACACCGUGGCCAUGUUCCACGACGGCUGUGCGGGGGGCAACUGGGCCAAGUGUGGGCACUACACGCAGGUCAUUUGGAACAACACGCGCAAGCUGGGCUGUGCGAAGGCGUCGUGUGGCACGGGUACAGACGUGUGGGCGUGCCACUACUACCACUGGGGAACUACGGCGGCCAGUGACCCUACGAGGAGCAUCAGGAAAGUGGAAGGGGGAGAAAAGGGGGGUGCGGAUGAGAGGGUUGAGAGGGUAGUGGCGGGGAAUGCAGCGGGGAAUGCAGCGGGGAAUGCAGCGGGGAAUGCUGCGGGGAAUACUGCUGGGAAUGCAGAGGGGAAUGGAGUGGGUAACAGUGAGGGAGGCAAGAGGAAGAGCUACGGGACGGGAGGCUGUAAGGAGGAGGAGGAGGCAGUGGCAGUGAUUGCUGGAGUGCUGAGGGAGAAAUUCGGGCCUCAGAUAGUGAGCGAGGAGGUGGAGUGGGGGAGUGGGAUAAGAAGCAGGGAGGGCGAAGAUGGGGUGGGGAAAGUGAAAGAGGAGGGGGAGGAGGGGUGGGAAGGGGACGAUGAGGAGGCGGAAAAAGAGGAGGAUGAGGAGGAUGCAGAAGCUGAGACGUGUGAGGAGGACACACCACCCGACACAUCUCCUCCCACGCACCCUCCUCUGUUGUUCAGCCGGCGGGUCGUAUCUCCCUCUGCCCUCCUCUCCCUCUACCACUUCUUCUCCUCCCACCUCGGCAUCUCCUCCCCUUCCACUGUCGCUUCCCUCCUCGCCUCCACCCCCCAACUCCUCCGCUCCAAUCCCACCAAUGAUUUGCUGCCACGUAUCCAUCUCCUCCAGUCAUACGGCAUAUUUGAUGCCGAUAUCGUGCAUAUCACUCUAAAGGCGUUUGCCGUAGCAGAUUGGGCUCGCAUUGCAGAGAAGAUCCGCAUUCUCCAGUCCUUCACUCCCCCAGACACCCCCUCCAUUGCAAGCUCUGUGCUCCGUCGUGCCCCCAACGUCCUCAGUUUCAGCAAAGAAACUCUCUUAACUAAGCUCCAGUUCUUUGUGGAUAAGGUGGGGGAGGAGGCAAUAGGAAGGGUGGUGAGGAGUCACCCUGUGGUUCUUCUGUUUUCAAAGGAGAAUCUGCAAGGCAAGAUGGCGGUCUGGAAAACGAACCUGAAGCACAAGGUGGAGUACCUGAAACGGGACAUGGGGCUCUCUAUAAUGGAGGUGCUUGCCUACCCGCCCUUUCUUGGGUUGAGUUUGAAUCGGCGAAUCAGACCGCGGCAUGUGGCACUGGUGCGGUUGGGCUAUGCCGUUGUGGCACGCAAGAUGGCCAGUCGGACGGGUGUUGGAGACAAGGAUGUUCCAGUCGAAGCUGGGAAACAGAGGAGCGAGCUGGAUUUCGUGUCUAACAAAGCAGAGGGAGUAGAGGGGAUUGAAUGGGGAACGGAAGAAAGAAAGAGUGGAGCGCCACUUGGGGCUCUUUUAGGCAGUGGCGAGCUAAGGGGGAGAGCUGCUACAGAGCAACAGCUUGUGAACGUGGAGGUGAAAAGGAGAAUGGUGUGUUUGCACCAGUUCAUCCACUGUUCAGACAAGCAGUUUGAGGAGAAGUUUGGAGUCAAGCUUUCAUUCAUACUGUCUCUCCUCCUGCCCCGCCCGCUUAUCACUGCGCUUCAACAUUUGUCUGUCACUCAGUUCUCUCUCGUGCUGACCCCCUUCUUCUCUCUCUGGCCUCGCCUCUCCUGCCUGCCAGCUCAACAACUUGCAGCAGCAGCAGCGGACAACAAGAGACCGCCGGAGAAACUUCUAGUGUGCUGCCAUGCCACGGACGCUUGCUCCCAGGGCGGGGGCGCACUCACUACCAAGGCACUAUCCCUCCCCUUGGCCUCCCUCUCCCCUACAGCGUGGGCGCACUGA